CUCCUGAGAUCUGCAAACUCCAGAGAUAGCUCCAAAGCCAGGUUCACCAUGUCCACUGUAAAAGAGCAGUUAAUUCAGAACCUAACAAAAGAAGAUAAAGCUUCUCGGUGUAAGAUCACUGUCGUUGGAGUUGGAAAUGUCGGCAUGGCGUGUGCUAUUAGUAUCUUACUGAAGGACUUGGCCGAUGAGCUUGCUCUCAUCGAUACUGAUGCAAACAAACUGAAAGGUGAGACAAUGGACCUCCAGCACGGCAGUCUCUUCUUCAACACUCCAAAAAUCGUCUCUGGAAAAGAUUACAGUGUAUCGGCCAACUCCAAAUUAGUUAUCAUCACAGCUGGUGCGAGGCAGAAGGUGGGGGAAACGCGCCUCGACUUGGUCCAGCGUAACGUUGUUAUCAUGAAAUCCAUUGUUCCUGGCAUAGUCCAAAACAGCCCGGACUGUAAAAUACUGAUUGUCUCAAACCCAGUGGAUAUUUUGACUUACGUGGUGUGGAAGAUAAGUGGCCUCCCCGCGAGUCGUGUAAUUGGAAGUGGCUGUAACCUAGACUCUGCCCGAUUCCGUUACCUGAUUGGAGAGAAGUUGGGUGUCCACCCUACAAGUUGCCACGGCUGGGUCCUUGGAGAACACGGUGACUCUAGCGUGCCCUUAUGGAGUGGUGUGAACGUUGCUGGAAUGUCUCUGAAGUCCCUGAACCCAGCAUUAGGAACCGACUCAGACCAGGAGCACUGGAAAAAAAUUCACAAUCAGGUGGUGGAGAGCGGAUAUGAGGUCCUCCGGCUGAAGGGCUACACAUCUUGGGCUAUUGGGCUGUCUGUGACCGAUCUGGCAGGGUCAAUGGUGAAGAAUCUUAGGAGGGUGCAUCCAGUUUCCACACUGGUUAAGGGCCUAUACGGGAUAAAGGAAGAGAUCUUCCUCAGCGUCCCUUGUGUCUUGGGACGAAAUGGUAUCACAGACAUUGUGAAGGUUAACCUGAGCCCCGAGGAGGAGGCCCUUCUCAGGAAGAGUGCGGAAACACUUUGGAAAGUCCAGAAGGAUCUGGAACUAUAAAAGCAUCACCAUUGGACUACUGUAUAGCUAUAUGCUUGCAUACUGUACAUUUCAAGUCUUUCCAUGU